AUGCAGGACCUUGUCAGCCCAAACGGCACCUGCAUGCUCGCGCCGGCCGGCAUCCCUCCAAGCAACCAGCUGUUUGCAUCGGGCGCGUCGGUCUCGUGGAUUACAGACAAAGAGGGGCUCAAGAUUCUGACGGUCCCCAGAAACCGCCAAGCCAACCUCUGGGCGCCCCUCACGGUCUUCUCUGGGCCCCUGUGGCUGCUCAUCUUCUGCACCAGCUUGCUCGUGGGCUUCGUCCUGUGGCUGUUUGACCAGCGGGCUCGCACCCUGCUCAAGCCGCCCCCCAAGGCGCGUAGACCGAAGACGGCUGCCGGCCGGCACGGCCGUCUCGGCCUCGCUGGCCUCUUCCGCGGCCGCCAACACGCACGAUCGAAGGGCGAGACGCCGCUAGGCUGGCAAGACGCGCCGGCCACUCGAAUCGUCAAUGGUGGUGUGGUAAAGGAGGCGCUAGUGACCAAGGAGGACCGUGCCGGGCAGCAGGAGCAGAAUGGCUUCAUCGAUGCCACAGGUGCAGCGGCGCCUGCUCUAGCAGCAGUCGACGGCCACGCGGCGGCCGAGGAGGGCGCCCGGCGCAGUGCGAGCUGCCUGGGCUGGCUGGGCGUGCGUGAGGGCGAGGAGAAGGCGGCUGUGAAUAACCUGAAGUCAAACCUCACGCAGUCCCUGCUGCGGCUCUCAGACAUCGGGGAUGCCCCGUCGGCAGAGUCGCUGCCGUCCAGGGUGGUGCUGUGGGCGUACGGCCUCCUGCUGCUCAUUCUCAUCGCCAUCUACACCGCCAACUCCGCGGCGCUGCUGACAGCGCGCAUCAACUCUGACAUCAGGGGGCUGCCCGACCUCAAGGGGAAGGCCGUGGGCGUGUGGGACGAGUCCAUACCCAGGGUCAGCGCCCUCGGGGUGGCCGCCAUCCCCCUGCCCUGGGAGAACGACAAGGACGAGGAGCAGAUGCUGGACAUGCUGCGCAGCGGCCAGCUGCAGGCGCUCAUCACCACCGCCAGCUUUGCAAACUGGGUGGCCUCCACCCAGUGCGAGUUUGAGACGGUGGGGGACCAAUUUGCAAUGACGGACUACGGCAUCGGGUACGCCAGCAAACUCAGCCCAGUGCUUCGGCAAAGCCUGGACAGGCGCAUUGCAGCCAUCAUAGACGAGGGUAUCAUUGAAGGCAUAUAUGACGUGACCGUCAAAAAGCAGGGCGGCGGCUGCGGCGACGCGCAGUCCGGGGGAUCAUCGCUAACGCAAGUCACGCCAGAGCAGGUGGGCGGCGCGGCUGGCCUGUUGACGUCAGCUGUUGCCGGCAAGCUCGUGUGCCGUGCUGAGCGCCGGCCCGGUUAG